AUGUACGGCAUGGAGGGGGGACAGUGGAGCACCAUCAUCAUCAUGAUGGAGGCAGCCAUCAGCGACAAGUGGGUGCCUGUUAAGUUGGCUGAGCAUGUGGUGACUAAGGAAAAGGUCGCUGUGAAAAUAAUUAACAAGCAGAAGAUGCACCAGAUGAACAUGCACGGGAAACUGUCCCGUGAGAUCAACAUCAUGCAAUUGAUGGCCCAUCCCCAUGUUAUUCGGAUGUACGAUCUCAUCGACACUCCAUCAGAAAUAUUCAUGAUCAUGGAAUACGUCUCGGGUAGGCAGAGGUGA